GCUGUUUCUCUCUUGUUCAUCUCUUUUUCACUCUUCCACUCAUCGUUUCCUUUUCUUAUACUUUCUAGAGUUGUUUUAUAUCCAUAUUCCAAUAAGAAGUAAUGUAACUCUUGUAGAACUUAUGCUCUUCACUGUGUAUUGUGCAUUUAAUCAUGCGAAGAAUAAAAAAUUGGAUGAAAUGUACGAAUCGGUCUAUUGUGCGGAAUUUUUACGCAAAAAGUUUUAAAUAAGCAAGAUAAGUUACUUGUCCCUAAGCUGUAUAAAUGCUGAACGGAAACGAGUUAACUCGUCCCUCAUGCUCAGCGUAUUAAAUAAGCGAGAGGUAACUUAUAUUGUGCCACGAUAAAUAGACAGAAUAUUUUUCAUUGAGAUGUUUCCUAGUAUCCAGAAGAAGGACUAUAAAGUUCUGGAAUUAGUACGUCAGAGAGAAAUACAAGACUCGGUGACACAUACGAUUCUACAAAAACUACAAGUUACCGAAAAUUUAAUAUUACGUCUGGGUUUAGAAAAGGAAUUAAAUGGUCAUUCGGGAUGUGUCAAUUGUUUAGAAUGGAAUGAGACUGGACAAGUUCUUGCGUCAGCAUCAGAUGAUAAAGACAUUAUUUUGUGGGACCCUUUUCGUUAUGAAAAAAAACUUGUACUUCAUUCGGGCCAUCGCGGAAAUAUUUUUUCUGUAAAAUUUAUGCCAAAAUCAAAUGACAGUAUACUGGUGUCAGGUGCGGCGGAUUGCAGGAUUCGGGUGCACGAUCUUACGCUCUCCGAACCAAUAUUCACAUGUAAAUGUCAUAAGCAACGCAUUAAGCGUAUCGCCACCGUUCCCAGUAUACCGUUUUUAUUUUGGAGCGCGGGUGAGGACGGUCUUUUCCUGCAAUACGACAUUCGCACACCGCACGUUUGCAAGAGCAAUGACCACAGCGUGCUUGUGAAUCUGGUGUAUCAUACGGGUUGCUAUGCUGAAGGCAAGUGCAUCGCCGUAAACCCGAGGAGACCCGAACUGAUAGCCAUUGGCGCUAACGAUGCUUAUGUACGAAUGUACGAUCGACGAAUGAUAAAGCUUUCGCAGGUUCCUCCCUCUAUACAUGACAAUUCGAAUGGAGCGAAUAUUAGUACAUAUCGAGCAGGCAAAGGUGAUCCAGAUGACAAUAUUCCAUUAGGUAGUGCGCAGUAUUUUACCGCAGGUCAUCUGCGUUCUCGUGAUGGUGCCAGGAGUAUUACGACCACUUAUUUGACGUUCAGCGAUGAUGGAAAUGAGUUACUUGUAAAUAUGGGUGGAGAACAAAUUUACUUGUUUGACAUCAACGAUCCAAACAGUUCGAAAAUAUUUUUUGAUUCGUCAUUGAAAUAUCCAGGAUCAAUUGAGCAUGGUCAAAGACUUGAUGAAUAUUACCUAAAACAGAAUGACAUAGAUGACACAGAUGAUUUUGUAGAUAAAAAUGUGAAGGUGUUGCCACCGCAUAUUGAAGAAAUAAAACGUCUAGCAAACGAGGGCUUUGAGGAGGAGAAAUAUUCAUUUGCAAUUAAUUUAUAUAAUAAAGCUAUUUCGAAUUGUCCAACGGCAGCGGUAUUGUUUGCUAAUCGAGCAGCUGCUUAUAUGAAACGCGCUUGGGAUGGCGAUAUUUAUGCUGCUUUACGAGACUGCAAGACAACAUUACUUCUUGAUCCAGAACACGUAAAAGCUCACUUUAGAUUGGCACGUUGCCUGUUUGACUUAAAUCGAUCGAUUGAAGCUGACAAGGUGCUCAAGAGUUUUCAACAAAAAUUUCCAGAAUAUGCAUCUAAUUCAGCAUGCAGAGCGUUAAAGAUGGACAUAAAGGAAGCUAUUGAUGCCGGAAAAGAUAUCACACAAACCAGACAGGCGUUUCUUCCCUUAUCAGAAUACGAGCAAGAAUGGAGACGUAAUACAAUUGAUUACAAAAUGAGAUUUUGUGGUCAUUGUAAUACUACGACCGACAUAAAGGAGGCAAACUUCUUUGGAAACAAUGGUCAAUAUAUAGUUGCUGGAUCAGAUGAUGGUUCCUUUUUUAUUUGGGAUCGUAAUACUACCAAUAUCGUACGAGUGUUACGAGGGGAUGAAAGAAUCGUCAAUUGCUUACAGCCACAUCCAUCCAUGUGCUUGUUAGCUACUAGCGGUAUUGAUCCAGUAAUCAGAUUAUGGAGUCCAUGGCCAGAGGAUGGUAGUGUUAACGAAAGAGAAAUUCAGAAUCUAGAUGACGCUGCAUCAGCCAAUCAAAUACGCAUGAACAGCGAUCCGUUUGAAUUAAUGCUGAUGAACAUGGGAUACAGAUUUCCCGUUCCACAGCAUGAAUUUAGUGACGAGGACAGCGAGGAACAGCACGAUCAACCGAUAACACAAGCUUUGAAUUGUAGACCAAGCUAAAUUUUACAAAAAACGAAGAGGAACACAGUGAUUAACAGUGGCUAGAUAAUUAAAAUACAUUUAUUUUAAUAUAUUGUAAUCUGUCACACUAUUAUUUCAAUCUUAAUUAUUUAUUUUCUCUUCUUUCACCAAUAUGUCUCGAAACAUACUCUUUCUCUCUCUUUUGUUAUAUUAUAAUAAUAUAUUAAGCCAUAGCAUCUUUGUAAGAUGUUUAUUAAAGAUGAGAUAGAUCUUAUGUAUCAGACAUUGUGCAUAUGUUGUUAACAAACGUGAAAAACUUUUGAGCAAGAAUUAUAUCUCAAAUAUUAUAAAAUGUAGUUAUAUCAUUAUAUCUCUUUGUAUAAAAUGAA